UCUGUUUUGGUACUAUUGACAUAAAGCUAGUUCGAAUCAAUUUAAAUAUUCCUGUGUCUCUUAUAAAAAUCUGAGAUUAAAUAAUAGUUUUGAUAUGUUUUUGUGGCAGAGUCAUUAUUAGAUAACAUUUCACGGAUUCAAUAUGUUAACGUUUCUUUAUUUUGGUCGAAAACUGAGAAUAAGUAACACUGUAUUGAAUGUGCGAAAUAUCUACGUGAAAAGUACAACGAAACUCGGUUUCCCGUGUAUGUACAGUGAAGAUGAAACACGUAAAAUUCUAGAUACAUUAAAUAAGGAUGAUGUGGAACAAUUAUACAAAUAUAAUAUAUCUAAAUAUCGGUUGAAAAAAAUAGAUGAUUGGCGCAAAAAGUUCGGAUCUUUCAUGACUCUCGACGAUGUGUUGGAGCUUGAUGGGUUCGGUAUAAACGUUUUACGAAAAUUUUGUGAUUCGAUUGUCAAAUGCCCGAGUGUGGAAACAACACAAACCAAGCCGGCAAAAAAAGAUGUCAAGUUCACGACUCCCGUUAUUCCAGUGCAUGUGGUUCCUAGAAUCAAGAGUUGCGUUUCUCUGCAUAUAGGAUUGGAUUUUAUCACCUGGGCAAAAUUUGAAAUUGAGAGACAAAAACCGUCCGUAUUAGCGGGCUGGAGUAGUUUCGCUAUACCAGAUCGGAAGCUGCACGUUAGCGAGCUGAUUCGGAACGUUACGCAACUCAAUCACUUGAUUCCGGAGGCUGACGUCUACGUUGUGGAAAACCCGGCUGUCGCUCAAUCCAUGGCUAUGGGGAAUGCACUCCAAACGAACAUUAAUGUCCAAAAAUCCCAGCUGAUCGCUAUGAUAAUGCUAAUGCUCUCAAGUCGUCCUACAGAUGAUGUUGAGCUUAAGGAGUGUAAUGUAUUUUUCAUGAAACAAUAUUCCUCUGCUCGACUUUUCGGAAUAUUCGUUGGCAGUGAACGUAUAUCAGCAGAAGGUGUUGUUCGGUCGUUGAUCGAGCAUAGAGUUGGGCCUAACGAAAGUCAAUUAAACGAACAACAAUCAGAGUUGAUUAUUCCAUCUGGCCUGCGUGUAGUCUACGAAGGAUGUGAUAGAGCUGAAAAGGAAUUUAUGGGUCAAUCGAUGCUGCUCGGAUUGUCCUUUUUGAGAUUGUGUAUUUUUAAAUGCGAGCAAAGUCUUCAGAUUUUUCGUAGGUAAAGCUUGUGUAUAAAUUCACCAA